UCUCUCUUUUUACAGGAAUUGCAGUUCAUGCAAUGGAUGAAAAGCCUGCGAGUGCAAUGGCAGUGCCCCGAAAAUCAGAAAAAUAACAGAUAUGCCCUCAAUGUAAGGGAAUCCUGUGAAAAUGUGGCUCAAAGUAAGGUUACGCUGCCCUUGGCACUGUAGGCAGCAUGGCAACUUUUCCUUUAUUGGCCGAUCCUGGCUGCUCAUCUCAUUGGUCGUAGCAUCCUUACUCCUGCCUCCAUAUUUUGCUCAUAACAGUUCACAGACAGGCUAUUAUGUUGUGGACUUUUCAUCUGAAAUUGUUGAUAAUGAAUUCAUAGUCAGCUUCAAGCAGUUUUAUAACCCAGAAACCCGCGUAAAGUUCAUAAAAGCCGCUCUCGCCUCCCUGGAACCCCAUGGGUGGCAAGUUCUUCCGCGGGAUAAUCCCGCCAGCAGCUUUCCCAGUGACUUUGAAGUCUUGCAGAUUCAAUCUGACAUAAUUGAAGAAAGCAUAGAGUCACUGAAAAAUCACAAUUCUAUCAAGCAUGUUACACCCCAAAGGAAAGUAACCCGUACUCUUGCAUACCACUGCGAAAGCAAGAGUAAUAGUUCGUGCAAUUUUCAGAAGUGGUUUUCAUCUCGUCGGUUCACUCAGAGAUCAAGUCUCUCCUUGGGAUCCACAUUUUGGGAGUCUGCGGGAAAAUUUGUCAGACGUCGAUUGAUGAGAGCUGUUCCCAGACAAAUUACUAGCACAUUACAAGCUGAUGUUUUAUGGAAUAUAGGGAUUAGAGGUGCUGGAGUAAAAGUUGCCGUAUUUGAUACUGGUUUAGUGAAAAAUCAUCCCCAUUUCAAAAAAAUCAAAGAAAGAACAAACUGGACAAAUGAAAAAACACUUGAUGAUGGACUAGGCCAUGGAACCUUUGUUGCCGGAGUUAUCGCAAGCAAUCGAGAGUGCCUGGGUUUCGCUCCUGAAUCAGAAUUGCAUAUUUAUCGAGUAUUUACUAAUAAUCAGGUUUCUUAUACAUCUUGGUUUCUGGAUGCUUUUAACUACGCCAUCUUGAAGAAAAUUAAUGUACUUAACUUGAGCAUCGGAGGGCCGGAUUUUAUGGAUCAUCCAUUUGUUGAUAAGGUCUGGGAGCUCACUGCCAAUAAUGUGAUAAUGGUGUCUGCUAUCGGUAAUGAUGGGCCACUGUACGGUACUCUUAAUAAUCCCGCGGAUCAGAUGGAUGUCAUUGGAGUAGGCGGAAUUAAUUUUGAAGAUCAAAUUGCUCGUUUCUCCUCUAGAGGCAUGACAACAUGGGAAUUGCCAGCUGGAUAUGGCAGAGUGAAACCAGACAUUGUAACUUAUGGAUCAUCUGUGAGAGGAUCCAGUAUUAAAGGAGGAUGCAGAUCAUUGUCUGGCACAAGUGUAGCAUCACCUGUAGUUGCUGGAGCUGUUACUUUGCUGAUGAGCGGGGUGAUUCAUCUUGGUGGCGCCAUCAAUCCAGCCAGCAUGAAGCAAGCGCUGAUGGCGUCAGCUCGUCGCUUGCCCGGUGUUCCAAUUUUCGAGCAAGGGUGGGGGAAGCUGGAUCUGGUUCGUGCUUACCAGGCCCUGCGCAGCUACAGGCCACAGGCAACCCUCAGUCCCAGCUAUCUGGAUCUUACUGAAUGCCCAUACAUGUGGCCUUAUUGCUCACAGCCAUUGUACUAUGGUGGUCUUCCUACUAUUGUAAAUGUUACAAUAUUGAAUGGAAUGGGUGUUUCAGGAAAAAUUGUUGGCAAGCCCCAAUGGCAUCCCUACACCCCACAGUAUGGCCACCAUCUGGAAGUGGCCCUUUCCUACUCAGACAUCCUGUGGCCCUGGUCUGGCUACAUAGCUGUUCAUAUUACUGUGUCUUCACUGGCUACCAACUGGGAAGGCAUUUCUCAGGGACACAUCUCAUUUACAGUGGAAUCCCCACCAGAGGGUGAAACUGAGCCUAGAAAGUCUCACAUAAAACUUCCUCUUAAAGUGAAAAUCAUUCCAACUCCUCCGCGAAGUAAGCGUGUACUGUGGGAUCAGUAUCAUAACUUAAGGUAUCCACCAGGAUAUUUUCCUAGAGAUAACUUGCGUAUGAAGAAUGACCCCUUAGAUUGGAAUGGUGAUCAUAUUCAUACAAAUUUUAAAGAUAUGUAUCAACAUUUAAGAAAUAAUGGUUAUUAUGUUGAAGUUUUAGGUUCACCUUUUACUUGUUUUGAUGCUCAGCAGUAUGGUGCUCUGCUGUUAGUUGACAGUGAAGAAGAAUUCUUCCCCGAAGAAGUCUCAAAGUUAAUCAAGGACAUAGACAGUGGUCUUUCUCUUGUUGUCUUUGCUGACUGGUACAAUGUAUCUGUUAUGAAGAAAGUGAAAUUUUAUGAUGAAAAUACUCGACAAUGGUGGAUGCCUGAUACAGGUGGUGCUAACAUUCCUGCUUUAAAUGACCUUCUUUCACCUUGGGAAAUGGCUUUCAGUGAUGAAGUGUAUGAAGGUGAUUUGACUCUUGGCAAUCACGAAAUGUAUUAUGCUUCUGGCACAAGUAUUGCUCGGUUCCCAAAGAAUGGUCUGGUUGUUAGCCAAACCCUCAAUAACCAAGGCAUGGAAGUACUGAAAGGCCAAGCCGACAAAGUGGACAAAGUCCCCAUCCUGGGGCUGUACCAGACGACUCAUCGACCUUCGGCAGGUCGCAUCGUUGUCUACGGGGACUCUAACUGCCUGGACACGGCCCACAUGCAGAAAGAUUGCUUUUGGCUGCUGGAUGCCCUGUUGCAGUAUGCCACGACGACCCAUUUACCUCCUAUAUUCGAAGAACUGAAGUCUGAUGAAGUUCUGGAUGCCAAGAGCUUACCUCAGAGGAUGGAAGGUAACCACUUGUACCGGUACUCCAAAGUGUUGGAACACCAUCUUGGUACUCCUCACACUCGUCCUCUGCCCACAUGUCCUAGACUCAGUUGGGUUCGUCCACAGCCUCUGAACAAGUCUGGACCAAGGUAA